CUCUCUUCUCUCUUCCUUUUUUCUUAGUCUUUUCCCUACUAGUUUAAGAUCACCAGAUUUCCUGUUUCUAUAUAUUUCGAUAAAUUUCAAGAGGAAAGCUGUUCGUUUGUCGAGUAUCAAUCGAGGUCCUAAAUAAUUCUAAGCAAAAUGCCUGUUCCAUACUAUUUACAAUAUCAUGUGGAGAAAUCUUUGAACACCAAAUAUCAAUGGUUGACGUUAGUGUGUAAUGUAGCAUUAUUGGUAUUCCAUGGAAUACUAUUUCACUGGAUCCCCAUGUAUGUGAGAUACCGAAGGGAUAUUCAUGCUUUGAAAAACCCUUUUAUUUUCAAAAUACUAAAAUAUUGGUCUUAUGUUAACAGAUCUUUCAAUAUAAAAAUUCCUUUCAAGAAUAGAGGAUUCUUGUUUCAACCAAGUUUGCUAUUCUUAUAUGUGGUCCAUGCAGCGUACAACGGAGUAUUCUGUUAUGCUCAAACGGAAGAGAUCACCUAUAAUCCAAAAAUCUAUGUCGUUGGUAAAAGAAUGGGUAGAAUCGCCGUUGGUAACAUUCCAUUCAUAUUAUUCUGUAUUAUGAAGAAUGAUCUAUUCUGCGCAAUAUCAGGACUUCAACAUGAUAAGUUAAUUUUAUUUCAUAAGUGGGUUGCUAGAACAACAUGGCUAUUGGUGACAAUUCAUAUGUCCCUAUGUUUGAAGUAUUGGUUAGAUUUAGACUUAAAGAUAAUGGUUUUGAUUCCACCCCAAAUCUUUGGUAUGAUAUCUUACAGCUGUAUGACAUUUUUAACAUGGGCAAGUAUGAGGUUUAUCAGAAGAUGGGCCUUCGACUUUUUUUUGGUACAACACCGUGUUUUCAAUCUUAUAAUGCUUUUAUUUGCUCUUUUCCACAGCUUAAGUAGUAAAGCAGCUUUAAUUUUGGCAAUCCACAUGGUGGUAUUGGAUAGAAUAGUAUCAAGAAUUAUCGGCAUAAUUCACAAAAGAAAAACCCCCACCAAAGGAGUGUCAGAUUUUGAAAUCUUAGAUAAUGAAACUAUAUUGGUUACUAUCCCAAUAAAGAACACCAGGAUGAAUGCUGAUAAAUGGUAUUAUUCCUUCAUACCUAAAGUUGGGACCUGGAAAGCUGGUCAGCAUAUAUAUUUAAAUGUUAGCAAGGUUAAAUACUUCCAAUAUCAUCCAUUUACUAUUUCGAGUUUAUCACAAACUGGAGAAAUUAAGUUAAUUAUCAGAAAGCAAAAAGGGUUCACCAAAAAGUUGAUGGAUAAAUUGAUCACUUCACAAUCUCCACAGGAUUCUGAAAGUGAAAUUUCGAUUAGUCAAGAGCCGAAUGCCGUUCAACUCAAAGCUCAAUUCUAUGGUCCAUUUGGCGCAAAUCAUCAGCCCUUGAUAACUUUUGAUUCAGUAAUGUUUCUAGCUGCCGGUUCAGGGGCGUCGUUUGUCUUACCAGUUUGUAAUGAUCUAUUGAAGAAAAUCGAGAUACGAGAAAUGGAAAGAGACUACCUCAACCGUCCAAGUAAAGCUCGUAUUUGUCUUAUUUGGACAAUCAAGAGACCAGAAAACGAACUUUGGUUUCAACAUGCGCUUGAUGAAUUAAAACCAUAUAUCAAAAAAGGGAUGCUUCAAGUUCAAAUUUUUAUUACCCAAGCCAGUUAUGAAACAACAACAACAUCAUCAUAUUCAAAUUUUAAAUCUUUCGCGGUUAUGGGUUGUGGACCUGAUCAAUUUUCAAAUCAAGUCAAACUUGAAUGUCAAAGAAGCAGAUUCUUAAAAGGACCAGGUCCUCUUGAUGUUUACUGUUAUACAGAAUCAUUUUAG